AUGCCGAUCCUUAACAUCACCACCAACGUGCCAGAUGAUGUUGUCACCAACAGCGAUACAUUAAAGUUGCUGUCCAAGGCGGUGACCGAUGGCGUGGGAAAGCCAGAGCAGUACGUGCUUGUGACCCUCAAUGCUGGAAAAUCAGUCAUGUUUGGUGGCACCGAGGCUCCAGCUGCUUAUGGAGAGCUGCUGUCCAUCGGUGCCAUUGGUGGAGAGAAGAACAAGAGUUUUCACGACAUGGCACGCUCUGAUGUUGGCUGGAAGGGCUCCACUUUUUGA